AUUGCUCCAAGAUGGCGGCGGCGGCGGCGGCGGCGGCAGUGCAGCUGAGCAAGGCUGAAACCGCCCCCCUGAAGCUCCCCCAGCCUGCAACGUAGGAGGAUGUCGCCGAGGCCCCGCUAAGGCCUGACCUCAGCCCCAUGCGGCUCACCCGCUGCCAGGCCGCCCUGGCGGCCGCCAUCACCGUCAACCUCCUGGUCCUCUUCUACGUCUCGUGGCUGCAGCAACAGCCCAGGAGCGCGCGGACCCGGGGCCCCCGCCGCGGAGCCGCCGCCGCCGCCGGCCCCCAGGUCACCGUCCUGGUGCGCGAGUUCGAGGCCUUCGACCACGCGGUGCCCGAGCUGGUGGACUCCUUCCUGCAGCAGGACCCGGCCCAGCCCGUGGUGGUGGCCGCGGACGCGCUGCCCUACCCGCCGCUGGCCCUGCCCCGCCUGCCCAACGUGCGCCUGGCGCUGCUGCAGCCCGCCCUGGACCGGCCCGCCGCCGCCUCGCGCCCCGAGACCUACGUGGCCACCGAGUUCGUGGCCUUGGUGCCCGACGGGGCGAGGGCCGAGAGCCCGGGCCGGCUGGAGCGCAUGGCGGAGGCGCUGCGGGCCGAGGCGCUGCGGGCCGGGGGUGCCCGCCUGGUGGCCGCCCCGGUGGCCUCGGCCAACCCCGCGCGCUGCCUGGCGCUGAACGUCAGCCUGCGGGAGUGGACGGCGCGCUACGGGCCCGCGCCCCCCUCCGCGCCGCGCUGCGACGCCCUGGACGGCGACGCCGUGGUGCUCCUCCGGGCCCGCGACCUCUUCAACCUGUCGGCGCCGCUGGCCCGGCCCGUGGGCACCGGCCUCUUCCUGCAGGCGGCGCUGCGCGGCUGGGCGGUGCGGCUGCUGGACGUGACCUUCCCGGCGGCGCGCCAGCCCCCGCUCGCCACGGCGCACGCGCGCUGGAAGGCGGAGCGCGAGGGCCGCGCGCGGCGGGCGGCGCUGCUGCGGGCGCUGGGCGUCCGCCUGGUGAGCUGGGAGGCGGCGGCCGGGCCGGGGCCGGGGGGGGGCCGCCUCGAGUGGUUCGGCUGCGGCAAGGACACGCCGCGCUGCUUCGGGACGGUGGCGGGCGACACGCCGUCCUACCUGUACGAGGGCCGCUGGACGCCGCCCUGCUGCCUGCGCGCGCUGCGCGAGACGGCGCGCCACGUGGUGGGCGUGCUGGAGGCGGCGGGCGUGCGCUACUGGCUGGAGGGAGGCUCGCUGCUGGGCGCGGCCCGCCACGGCGACAUCAUCCCCUGGGACUACGACGUGGACCUGGGCAUCUACCUGGAGGACGUGGGCAACUGCGAGCAGCUGCGGGGCGCCGAGGCGGGCUCCGUGGUGGACGAGCGCGGCUUCGUGUGGGAGAAGGCGGUGGAGGGCGACUUCUUCCGCGUGCAGUACAGCGAGACCAACCACCUGCACGUGGACCUGUGGCCCUUCUACCCGCGCGACGGCGUCAUGACCAAGGACACGUGGCUGGACCACCGGCAGGACGUGGAGUUCCCCGAGCACUUCCUGCGGCCGCUCGUGCCCCUGCGCUUCGCCGGCUUCGUGGCGCAGGCGCCCAACAACUACCGCCGCUUCCUGGAGCUCAAGUUCGGCCCCGGCGUCAUCGAGAACCCCGAGUACCCCAACCCGGCCCUCCUGAGCUUGGCGGGGAGCAGCUGAGGCCCCGGCUCCCCUGACACCCCCGCCCCCCACUCUGCUUUGAUGACUCCCGGCAUUUGGUGGACCGCGCUGCCCUGCAAGAGGCCUGGAGGACAUCAGAGCCGUGCCCUGGGCCCCAGAGCUGGGACAGCUUUGGAAAGAGGAAGAGUGUAGGUUGUGAGGCCAGACCGUGGCGGUUCAAACCCUGUGUAGUGGCCCUGGGCCCGUGUCCCGGUUCCUCUGCUCCUCGGUUCCCUCCAGGAUUCGGGGAGCACUCGCUGUCUCCGCACAUAAAGAGCCCCCUGGACACUUGGCUGCUGGGGCUGCUUCUACCACUAGGGGGCGCCCGAGUCCUAUCACCGGGCCCAGGACUUUGUGUUCAUGGCUUUGGCGUCUGUUGAGCCGUUGGGCUUCUGAGCCUGGCCAGACAGAAUAACCAUCUCCCCUCCUUCCAGAAUGCGACUCGCUUCCCUUCCGGGAGAGCCCUGCGGGGUGCAUGCUGCCCUCAACCCCAUCUGGAAGGAGGAAACAGGCUCAGAGCACUGAGGGGCGACUGGCUGUGGUUAAGGGUGGGGUUCUGGAUCCGAGCCCCACUCCUUAACCGUUACCUCAUUAUUUGAACUUUCUGCACCUGUUUGCCUGCUCGCAGAGCAGGGAAACAGUAACCGUAACUCACAUGUGUACGCACUGACUGUGUGUCAGGCAUUGUUCUCGGCGUUGCACCGUGUUGCACGCGGAUUAACUGAUUCGUCCCUCUCCUCAGCCCUCCCAAGCGAGAGCUGCUUUGAUUUUUCUCCUGGCGGACGAGGACACUGAGGCCAGAAUGGUGAAGCCGCUUGGCAAAGGCCGGACAGCUUGGCAGGAGGCAGAGUGGGGCCUCGAACCCAGGCUGUCAGCCUGCAGCCCACCCUGAAGGCGCCCGUGUGCCCCGCUCGACUGCUGGUCCCCAAGAGGCCCCCUUGUCGCGUAGCAGGGACAGCGAUGGCUGCCUGCCUUCGUGGCCAUGCAUCUGAGAGAAAAUGCUUUUUGGGCAUGCGAUCCGGCAUGUGCAUUUAUCCAUGAUAUCAGGUGCUACUGCCAUCCUGUAUGUUAGUCAUAAGGCUUAAAUUAUUUCAUUUUCAAAAUCAAUAAAGAAGUUUUGUUGACUCGCCUCA